GCCAUUGCGAUCGAUCACGACGAGGCCGCUGGAAUGAGGGGCGGAGGAGGGGCCGGCGAUAAGCAGACGGCCAACGGCAUGCAUGGCGGCGCGGCGCACGGUGCGUCCGCCGGCAAGCCCAAGUCUUAUUUCCUCUACGGCAUCCUCCUCUACGCCGUCCUUCCCGUGUUGUUCCUGUACAUGGUCGUCGCCGCGAUCUCGCCCAUCUACAACCUGCGGUGCUCGCCGGAGGGCGCCGGCGCCAUGGUGCGUUUCGUGGUGGCCAAUCCGAAUGCAAGCUCCUCCAACACUUCCAUGACGUCGUCCCCGCCGACGGUGUCGGCGGACGAGGCGCCCACGGGGCUGCGGCACAUCGUGUUCGGCAUCGGCGCCUCGUCGGCGCUGUGGGAGGGCCGCAAGGAGUACAUCAAGCUGUGGUGGCGGCCGGGGCGGAUGCGAGGGUUCGUGUGGAUGGACAAGCCCGUGGAGGAGUUCUACUCCAAGAGCUCGCGCACGGGUCUCCCGGCGAUCAUGGUCAGCUCGGACACGUCCAAGUUCCCGUACACGCACGGGGCCGGCAGCCGGUCGGCGCUGCGGAUCUCCCGCAUCGUCUCCGAGAGCUACCGGCUGGGCCUCCCGGGGGUCCGGUGGUUCGUCAUGGGCGACGACGACACGGUGUUCCUCCCGGAGAACCUGGUGCACGUGCUGUCCCGGUACGACCACACGCAGCCCUACUACAUCGGGUCGCCGUCCGAGAGCCACAUCCAGAACCUCAUCUUCUCCUACGGCAUGGCGUUCGGCGGCGGCGGGUUCGCCAUCAGCCGGGCCCUCGCAGAGGAGCUGGCCAAGAUGCAGGACGGGUGCCUGCACCGGUACCCGGCGCUGUACGGCAGCGACGACCGCAUCCACGCGUGCAUGUCGGAGCUGGGCGUGCCCCUGACGCGCCACCCGGGGUUCCACCAGUGCGACCUGUGGGGCGACGUGCUGGGCCUCCUGGGCGCGCACCCCGUGGCGCCGCUGGUGACGCUGCACCACCUCGACUUCCUGGAGCCGGUGUUCCCGACGACGCCGUCGCGGGCCGGGGCGCUGCGGAAGCUCUACGACGGCCCCGUGCGGCUCGACUCGGCGGCGGUGGCGCAGCAGUCGGUGUGCUACGACGGGGACCACCAGUGGACGGUGUCGGUGUCGUGGGGGUUCGCGGUGAUGGUGGUGCGCGGGGUGCUGUCGCCGCGGGAGAUGGAGACGCCGGUGCGAUCCUUCCUCAACUGGUACCGCCGCGCCGACUACACGGCCUACUCCUUCAACACGCGGCCCGUGGCGCGGCAGCCGUGCCAGAAGCCCAACGUGUACUACAUGCGCGACUCCCGGAUGGACCGCCGCCGGAACGUGACGGUGACGGAGUACGAGCGGCACCGCGUCAAGCCGCCGCCCUGCCGGUGGCGCAUCGCCGACCCGGCCGCGCUCCUCGACCACAUCGUCGUCCUCAAGAAGCCCGACCCGGAUCUCUGGAAAAGGUCGCCGAGGAGAAAUUGCUGCAAGGUGAUGUCGUCGCCGAAGAAGGGGGAAAACCGGACGAUGACGAUCAACGUCGGGGUGUGCAGAGAAGGCGAGUUCGCCAAGAUUUAACUGACUGGCCGGGAUCGGUGGGAGCUGGUUAAACUUAAAUAGGAGAGGUGAUAGCGGCGGCGGAAUAGGUCCCGACCGGCCGGAGCUGGAAACGAAGGCCAAGCCAAGAUUAUUACUCAGACUCAGAGGACGGGACAGAAGUAGCUCGUUAAUUAGCCUUAGCUGAUCGAUCGAUCCGCCGGGUCGGUCGGACUCGGAUGGGUGCCGAACUGCUGACUGGUAGUAAGUACACCGGCCGCGACGGCGCGUGCAUGCAUGCAUGCAUGAGAUGUGAGGAUGAUAUGCCACGGUGUCUGUGUAGAAUAGGAAGUGCCGGGAGGUUCCUUUGUGCCUUGGUGUAAGCUAUCUUCCAUCGUGCAGAGGAGCACGGCCGACUUGAAUUAUAGCAG